GCCUGGGAGCGCAGACAAACAGGAAGUUGUUGCCUUAUCGUUGAUUCCCCAAGACUGCAACUGUAUUUUUCUCUCAAUAUACAAUGUAAAACGCAAAAACUUGAGCAACAAGACAACUUUAUCUGGACGCACAGAAGAACCACAAAGCGAAAAUAAGGAACAGAGGACAACAAGUGAAAGACCUUGGAGUAGCUUACUAGAGAGCACCGAACUAAUUUCAGCUGUUCAACAACUUCAUCAUUUCUGUUACCGCGUGAGCAGGACAAUAUGAAUCGUGAAAGAGAAACGUUGAUGGAUGAAAUUGAAGAGAGUUUAUGGACUUUAACAGAGGACAAUUUACGCUCCCUUUGUGAAUGCAGUGGAAUAGGUGGCAAGGAUGGAUCCGAAAUGAAAGGAAAGAAUCAACGAGCACUACGGCGUAAAAUCAUGGAGGAAACAUGGGAAAAUGAGGAUUUAAUGAAAUCUGAGGAUCGGGGAAUGUCAUGGUUACUCCAACUGAAAGAGGACAUCAAAAGGAUACAGGAUGCUGGGGGUAUGGCCUCCAGACAAUCAGCGCAUGUGGAUGACGGAGCACAAGGAAGCUGCGACGCAGAACGUAAAGAGGAUGGAGGGAAUCUUUAUAGUUACCAGAACAACCCGAACCUGUCCCCCUUCCAAGAAUCCCCGGGUAGUGCGUCACUUGGACUCGAAAGCAGGAAAACACCGGGGCUGAGUGGAACGGUGAAAGGAGGAGAAGAAGAGGAGGAGGAGGAAGAAGAAGAUUUGAUUGAGGCAGCAGAGAAGAAUGUUAAAAAACGCCAGCCGAAACGCACAGUGAAGAAACCCCACUGCUGCUCAGACUGUGGCAAAAGCUUCAGUCACAAAAGUCAUUUGACUGUUCACCAGCACACGCACACCGGAGAGAAGCCUUACCACUGUACGCAGUGCGAGAACAGUUUCUACUGCUCAUCUUAUCUGAUAUCACACAUGCGAACGCACACCGGUGAAAAGCCCUACCGCUGCUCCGACUGUGGGAAGAGGUUUGGCCAAUCGAACGCCCUGAAGCUACACCGCAUGCGAAGGCACACCGGCGAGCUGCCAUUCUCUUGUUUGGAGUGUCCGAAACGUUUCGUCACGUCGGCACACUUGAAAUCCCACCAGAGAGUCCACACGGGAGAGAAGCCCUACCACUGCUCGGACUGCGGGAAGAAUUUCUCCCACUCGAGCGCCCUGAGACUCCACCAGAAAACCCACAGCGGAGAGAAACCUUUCAUCUGCGAAUGUGGAAAGAGCUUCAUUAACUGGGCCCACUUAAACUCCCAUCAAAGAUCCCACACCGGUGAGAAGCCUUACUGCUGCGAGCAGUGUGGCAAGUGCUUCUCUGAAUCCGGCACCCUGUCAAAUCAUCAGAGAACCCAUACUGGGGAGAAGCCUUACAGCUGUGAUCAGUGUGGGGAGAGGUUCGCUCAGUCGGGAUCUCUGACGAUCCACCAGAGGACACACACAGGAGAGAAGCCCUACGCCUGCGAUCAGUGUGAGAAGAGGUUCAUUACCUCUAGCCACCUGAGACGCCACCAGAGGACUCACACUGGAGAGAAGCCUCACCUCUGUGAUGAAUGUGGCAAGAGCUUCACGCGGGCCGGAGCCCUGGCGAGCCACCGCAAAACACACAGCGGAGAGAAACCCUACAGCUGUGAUCUGUGCGGGAAGAGUUUUGUUCAGUCUGGGCAGCUGACGAGCCACCAGCGCACACACACAGGAGCCAAGCCGUAUGGCUGCGAUCAGUGUAGUGAAAGAUUCACUCAAUCAGCCACCCUGGCAAAUCAUCAACGAACACACACGGGAGAGAAGCCCUAUGGUUGUAAUCUAUGCGAGAAGAGCUUCGCUCAGUCGGGGCACCUAAAAAGUCACCAGAAAGCCCACGCCAGAGGAGGAAUGUGUCCUCUUCCAACCCUCUCCUCUCCGACAUCUUUUCCGGUACCUUCUGUAAGUUCUAAAUGGUCCAAAACUCAGCUGCCGGACUCCUCAGCCACACCAAGUUCUGAAACCACAUCACCAGUGUUCUAUGUGAACACUGGCUACCCGCUACACACAGCACCUUCUACUACUAAACCCCCUUAUUGACCUGUUUUCUGAACCAGUGGUUGUCAAACCUCUCCUCAGGGACGUUUUGUGUAUUUGAUCUAUUCCAGAACUAGUACACCUGAUUCAACUAGUCAACUAAUCCUAAAGCCCUUGACUAGGUGAACCAGGUGAGCUAGUUCAGGAAUACAACAAAGUUGUGAAAUGUCUGGGGGUGUUCAAGGAGAGGUUUGAAAAACACUGCUCAACACUGUGGACACUAUGGGGUGGUUUCCCGGACACAGAUUAUAACUUAAAAAAUAAUUUAAUAGAGAUUCUCCAUUGAGCUUGUUUUUUAGUUAAGAGCUAGGGUAGUGGGGUAAUAUUUAUCAUAUAUGCAUAUAUUAUAUAUACCUCACAUGCAACUCGUAAUAAGACAACAACAAAAAAAGCCCAUUAAAUUAAUUAUCUGACUCCAUAAGAUAAAUGCCAAUAUGCAAGAGACUAUAGUUAGUGUUACAAGACAUCCUUCUAGGCAUGGUCAGAGAGAGAAAGAGAGAGACAA